UCCAUUAAUCCGUAAACAGUUAAUAACUUCGUAUUUUGCUAAUCGCUUAUGAGUAGUGAUUCUUUUAACGACAAAAUCCAUUAUUCAAGCAAGACUAUCAAACAAAAUUUUUUAAUACUUUAUAUUUCUUGAAGUAGUUUCGACGCUACAGGACAAAUUUUAUAUGUGUACAGCGAUCACCAGGACAGUGGGGAUUACCAGUUUCUCCUCAUCAUAUCUGCUGGACUUGUUUUACGCUUUUACAUUUUUAUAAUGAACAGAGAUCAAUGCUUAAUUAAUAAGAAUAUUGGUAGUGGGGAUAUCCAGUUUAGAUGUUCGUAUAUAUAAGACUCGUUUUUGAAGUUUGCAAAAGGGCUCCAUACAUGAGUAAGAUAAUAUUUGCAAUUUUCAAUGGAUUUUAUAGUAAUUAUUUCAAGCUGCAUUGGCUUUGUACUUUUAGUGUUUUCGUCUAAUUGUGUUGAAGCACAAAUAUUUGUUAUACCAAUAAUAUCAGAAACUAUACCUUCUGAUGAUGCGUACGAAUGCAGAUGUAAUUUUGUUAAUAAUUAUUAUGAUCCUGUUUGCGGAAGUGACGGAUUUACUUAUCCUAAUUUUUCUCAAUUUCACUGUGAUAAAAAGUGUAAAAACCCAGAUUUAAUCUUACUGCAUAAAGGUUUAUGUAAAACUAAUGAACCAAGAUCGAGAAGUUCAACGAACCACAAUUCGACACAAACAAAUCGAAAUUUCAAAAUUUUAAACAGAUGCCCAUGCUCAAUAGAUUCCGAAUAUAAUCCCGUCUGCGGAAGUAAUGGGAUUACUUAUGAUAAUCUGUCAGAGCUACUUUGUGACAAAAAAUGCAAACAAUCAAAUUUAAAUAUAGCACGUUUUGGUCUUUGUCGCGAAGAAGAAUAUUUUAAAGAUGUAUUACCAUUUUUAACUAAUGCUAUAAACAAGUGUAACUGCAUGUACAAUGAUGAAUAUGAUCCAAUUUGUGGAACUGACGGAUACACUUAUCCUAAUUUAUCGGCGAUGUCUUGUGUAACGGAAUGUAAUAAUCCAAGUUUACAAGUAGUACAUUAUGGUUCUUGUAAUGAUAAUCAAAAACCACAUAAUUAUGGCGCUGUAAGAUGCAAUUGCGUCUCUUCCUCUGAAAUUUAUCGUCCAAUUUGUGCUAACAAUGGAAUUACAUACGAUAAUCUUUCACUAUUUUCAUGCGCUCAAAAAUGUUUGAAUCGAAGUUUAAAAAUUUUAUAUGAAAAUCCUUGCCGUGACUACUUGGACAUAGAUGAUCGACAACUUAAAAAAUAACUUUUAUUUUUCACUAUUAAUAUAAAUAAAAUUCAAUGAUAGAUCUAUUU